CUUUUCUUCCUCGCUAUCUCUCUCUAUAUCUCCCUCUCCCUCGCUAUCUCUCUCUAUAUCUCCCUCUCUCUUGAUAUCGCGACCAAAAGCUAUUCCCGUCGUUUCCAACGGUCGUCGGUAAACCGAAAACUGUGUUCGUGAUUAAUAACGAUCACUGGCGAUCGAGAUGAUCUCAAGCAACAAUUCGAUCGUUUCUCGUUUCGGUUUUAAACGGUUGUCGUCACUGAAAAAAAAGAAGGAAACUCCCGCUAACGAGCGACUUACCGAAGGAGGGUCUACACAGCCGGGGGACCGACGGGAUCCUAGAUAUUUUGUAGUAGUUUGCACGCACGAACAAUGUCGUCGGCGAUCUUUGUGUCUCGUUGCUGGAACUGCCUGGGACUCUGCGCAAGUAUCUCGCUGCGUUUUCUGUUUCAGCGUGCUGGGGCUACGCCGCGUGGCGGAACAGGUCGAAGAAGUACUGCUGCCCGAACUGCCCGAGCGGGUUCACCCGCGAGACGAACCUCCGGCGGCACGUGCGCUAUGGCUGCGGCCAGGGGCCCAGGUUCAAGUGUCCCUACUGCGAAAUGCACUCGAAAGAGAUCUCGAACGUGUAUAGGCACAUCAGGACCAAGCACCGCGGCAUGCGCGUGUUUCUCGUCGACGUCGCCACCAAUCGGCAAUUCUACGCGCGCAAGAAUUAGGCUUCCGUGCGGACCUGCUUAUGGUCAAGGUUAUGUCAAGGUUAUAGUGGGGCCGAUCACUGAAUAAAUUGCCGCAUAUUUUGUAUCCUUUCACUUUCUUUUUUUUCUUCUUUAUUUUGCAAUACGAUUUUUCAUACCUGUCUAUGCUUCUCUCGUGUCGCCGAAAUCGAAGCGAGGGCACAGCAAUCGGCUCCGCUGUGUCGCGGCAACAGGGAUGAUCUCCUCGAUGGCGCAGCAACUGUCGCCGAGCUUCGAAGUCCGAAUUUGUAUCCAAAUCUCUAUCCGAUUUAACAAGAUUAUAUUUAUUAUUUCAGAGUUUUGUAAGCGACCGUUGUUCGUGCUAUCGUUUCCCUUCGAUCUUGAAUUAUCGGGGCGAAUUAUCGGCUGGAUCGUCCGUUCGAUACGAAAUGCAGUUCGCGAUCUUAAUGGCCGGCGUUUUGGACUACGUGAUCCAAGCUUGUGUCGGACAGAGGCGACCUCUCGCGGCGCUACGUUCGUUCGAAUCGAACUUCGUCGGACGCGUGUGCGUGUGUGCGUGCGUGUAAGCCUGAGCGGAGAAUGUAUAAUAAAAAAAAAGAGAAACAUUUAACCGAGGCAUUGUCAUAUUUCCCAAACCCGAAGGUCGUUCGAAGGGCGAAUCCAAAGAAAGGUGUUCCGUCCCGUUAACCAAUAACUCGAAUAACCGGAUUCGUCCGAUCCCUUCCGCGUUCAUCGACCGUCCUCCGCCCGCCGGAAAUCUCUUCACGUUUCUGUAAUUUUGAUUCCAGGCUUCGUAUACUAUUCGCCGUUAACUGGGAUGCCGAAUCAGGGCCAGCAGCAAGGGCAGCCGUAUUGUCAGCGACAGGCGGGCUCGAAACUCGGGAACGGCGACAGGUCCACAUGCCCAAAGUGCGGGAAGAGUUAUCAGCACAUGCACCACAUGUUGCGCCAUUGCAAGCUCGAGUGCGGGAGCCCGCCGAGGUUUCAGUGUCCCUAUUGCGGGAUGAGGAGUAAGCAAUCGAACAACGUCUACAAGCACAUACGCAGCAAGCAUCCCGGAAUGAACCUGGAGGUGAUAGUGCUCGAUUACGAUCAACAAUGAGGCCGGCUCUCGUGCGUGUCUCCUUUCAUUUUUUUUCUAUAAAAUAAAGACAUAAUUUUUCGACAGAAAGGCGUGUGUGCUCAUUGCCCCGCCCCUUCGGCCUCUUCGCAUCCUGGCUCGGACGAACGCGCGUCGCCCCUCCGAACCUAGGCGAGCCAAUUAACACAUUCUCAAUCGUGUUUUCAGAUGCGAAACUCGACGCCGCCGAGGAAGAGACGGGGGUGGACCGUUCAGGUUUAAAUUCUUCAGGCCGAAGAGAUCAGAAUUGCCGGACGUUUCCACGACAAGGACCUCGUUCAGAUUUCAUUCGUUGUCUCCGUACACACACAGCUUCGAGAUGCCUGCAACCGCUUUCUUUGUUUGUCUCUGUUUAACUCAGUAUUUAAAGUAUUGUGCCACCGCGCGAGUGUGUCAGCCUGCAAAGCACAGUCUCUUCUCCGAAAACCGGUCCAUCCGUUUAUUAAAUGUGUCUCUCCGUAAA